AUGUUGAUAUCCAACUCCUCAGAAAAAGAAGAGCCGAAGAAGGAGGACUGGGUAACUGGAUUCACGUGGAGAGCUGAAGAAGAAGAAGAGAAAGAAGCAUACAAUCAAACAAGACAAAAUGAUUCGGUGUUUCAGCCUCACAGUCUCACACUGAACAAGAGCCGAAGAAAAAGAAAAAGAAGGGGGAGGGGAAGGCUGGAUCGUAGGUUUAAGGAGCACUGGAGCAACGAAACGACCCAAAUUGGGUUAUUGGAAGGAACUUCCCUUGGUAUCUUAGUCCGUCUCACAGUCAGGAUGCAGCUGGAGGUUACGGCUGAUACUACUAACCUGAGCUAUUGGUUGAACUGGAGAGUCUUGCUAUGUGCAAUUUGGUUAUUCACACCGAUUGUUAUAGCAUUAUUAAUGAUAUGGAAAUAUGAUGCUUCAGGCCAUUUGAAAUCUGACAGGAGAGAAACUCAGCAGGAUGCAAAUCAGGAUUUAUGCAGUGAUAAAGCGUGGAAACCGUGCCUCAAAGAAAUUCACCCAAUUUGGUUGCUGAUUUAUCGAGUAACUGCAUUCUCUCUGCUUUUGGCAACACUGAUUGCCAGAGUUGUUAUCAGUGGAGGUGGCAUAUUUUACUACUAUACUCAGUGGACUUUUACCUUGCUUACCAUUUAUUUUGGGUGUGGAUCUCUUCUCUCCAUUUAUGGAUGUUGGUGGUACAAUAAAAUCAGCAGCAUGGUUACUUCAGGCGAUUAUCUUGUUGGGACAGAUGCAGAGGAUGGAGCAUACAUUCCCCUUGAAUACCAGGAGAAAGACUCAAAUCCUGAAGAGGAAAGUUGUCUUCACCUAGCAGCAGCCAAAUGCAGUUUUGUCUUUGAAGCUAUGUUCCAGAUGAAUGCUGGGGCAGUGAUGCUUACUGAUUGCGUUUAUUGGAUCGUUAUAUUUCCGUUUCUCACCAUCAAAGAUUACAAUCUGAAUUUUAUGACCGUGAACAUGCACACAAUCAAUGCCGUUUUACUCCUUGGCGAUGCAAUGUUGAAUUGCUUGCGACUCCCCUUUGUUCGGAUAUCUUUAUUUAUUUUAUGGACGGGCGCUUUUGUCAUUUUCCAGUGGACCAUUCAUGCUUUUGUAUCAGUAUGGUGGCCAUACCCAUUUCUUGACUUAUCAUCACCAUAUGCCCCGCUGUGGUACUUACUGAUGGCAUUGACUCAUAUCCCAUGCUACGCUAUCUUUGCCCUAAUUGUGGGAUUAAAACAUCACCUCUUGUCAAAAUGGUUUCCCCAGUCUUACCAGUGCUAG